AUGUCUAAUGAAGAAGGCAACGAGGAGGGCCUUCGCAGCGGAUUCCCUCAGUCACCGUCGUCCUUCGACGCAGACCCGCGCGUGUCAUUCUCCAAACUCGACAACAAGUUCAUUCUCGAGACCGAAGAGGGCAACGAGUUCGAAUGGGACACUGCUCUCAAACGAUGGAUACCAGUGCUGGACCAGUCACUGUUGGAACAACAAAGCGAGAUCUACAAGGUGCCAGGAGUGGAUGAGAAUGCGACACCGGCAAAGGAAAAGAAGAAGAGGAAACAUGCCAAUAAUGACGACGAAGCAGGCCAGAAGCCCAAGAAGCCCCGUGUUAAUACCGCCGUCUAUGUCACCUCCAUCCCGUUAGACGCUGACCAGGACGAAAUACAACAAGUGUUCUCCAAGUGUGGCGUCAUCGCCGAGGAUUUGGAUACAGGCAAGCCUCGCAUAAAGAUGUACGAAGACGAGAAUGGCAAGUUCAAAGGAGAUGCCCUGGUCGUGUAUUUCCGUCCCGAGUCGGUGCAGCUCGCGGUCCAAAUGCUCGAUGACACAGAUUUUCGCUUUGGCGUCGAGGGCCCAAUGGGCAAGAUGAAGGUCCAACCUGCCGAUUUCUCGCACAAAAAGCAACAACAACCGGAGGACCAGCCGGCCCAGCCUUCCAAACCGAGCAGAAAGGACCAGAAGAAGCUGAUGAAGAGGACCCAGAAAAUGAUAGGGAAAUUGACCGAUUGGGAUGACGAUGAUCCGCAAGCGCUUCAAGCAACGAGCUCUAGGUGGGACAAAGUUGUCAUUUUGAAGCACAUGUUUACACUCGAGGAACUCGAGGAGGAUCCGGCCGCAAUGCUUGAGAUCAAAGAGGAUAUCAGGGAAGAAUGUUCGAAACUGGGUCAGGUCACCAACGUGGUCCUCUUCGACAAGGAACCAGAAGGUGUGGCUAGCGUGCGCUUUUCCAAUGCAGAAUCAGCCGCUGCAUGCGUGAGGCUCAUGAACGGCCGCUGGUUCGACGAGAGACAGCUGGAAGCCUAUAUCGCAACGGGCGAGGAGAAAUUCAAAAAAUCAAGCGAUAAGAAGCCUGGGUUGGACGAUGAUGACGAGGAUGAGGGUGGGCGGCUGGAUAAGUUUGGUUCCUGGCUGGAGCAGGAAGGUUGA